GCUGGGUAAGUGCCCACAACCACUUAUUACAAACUGGAAUUUUGAAUUCAUUCCUUUCCAGGUACUUACUUGCCGGAUCCGCAAUAAUAUUUGCUUUUUUUUAUUUGAUUGAACAUUUUGCUGAUGGACCUACUUUCGUAAACCAUAUGGUUCCAGCUGACGGAAAGUCAGGCUCUGAUGGUCCGUCUACUCCUCCUUCUCUCUCGGACUCACUCAUUGCACAUGGUUCCGACGAGAGCAAUUCGGAGAAAGAACUCUUCUUUUCUCCACGGCAAUCCGUCUCGUCCGCAUCGUCUUCUUCCACCUCUACACCCGGUAUUGAAGGUUCUCCCAACAACGGAGAAAACAAGGAACAAAACACUUUUUAUUAUAUAGAACCUGGAUCUGAAGAGCACGAGGCAAUGAAAGAAAGUGUUAUUCGCAUUUUACGGGGUAAACUCGAAGAAUGGGAGGCCAGUGGGGAUAUUGAUGGUUUUAUCAGUAAGAAAACUAAUGAGGAACUGGCCGACAUCUUGAACCUCUACUUAGUCCAAAUUAGAAAGAGCUCCAUUCGCACUUGGCCUUCCCCUAAAGAGAAGAUAUUCCAUACCUUAAACCAGCCUCUGCUGCACCCAAGAGUAUCUUGUCCGCUGCCAUCGAAUAUUCUAUGUCUGCUGAAACUCCUUUCUUUGGUCAGUAAGUGGAUUCAGCCUUCGUCUCUCUUCCCCCCAAAGUGGAUUCCCAAAAAGAAAAGGGAUUUCCCCUCUGAGACAAGUUAAGGGUCUUUUAAUUGGAGUUAGAGCUUUCCUUCCUCAUGGGCUUUUGCCUUCUCCUUUAUCUUUAUCUUUUUUCCAUAGAUUCAGGUCUUAUAGCUUGAACCAUACCCUCAUCUGUCUUAUCAUCCGAAAAAAAGUUCUCAGUCAGUUUAGGUCUUAGCCUUGACUCAGAGAUCCGAUGAUUCACUUCCUCGUCCAUUCGUUCACUUUCUUUUGGAGAUAAAAUAGAUAUUCUGCU